AUGACACGGCAACCCACCGCAAGAGAGCUCUCCUACGCCAAGAAGAAGCAUCACCUGACGGCCAUGGGAAGCUUGGUCGCGGAGCAAUCGUUUCAACUGCCUCCCAACUCAACAUCCACCGAACCACCGUCUCCCGUGCUGUACGUCCGUCAAGAUGCGGCAUCGUCUUAUGGACAAAACGGCCACCGCUGCACUCGACUGCAGCGGACUGUGGAGUACAGCGACGCCGUCCACCAUCACUGCCCCGCUGUCCGCCACCGCGGCCACACCACAAUGUCCUCCAUCAUGGACCCACUCCACCGCCCACCACCGUCGCCCCAAAUAGCAGGAGGCAACCAGCGUGCGCUGGAAGCCGCCCGUCUUGAGCGGGCUAACUUUAACGAUCGCGGCUCUAGCAUCGCCCAUGUGCGCUCCCUCUUGGAGAGCAACAUGGAGACGUCCCAUAGCGCGGCGGUGGAGCUGCUGUCCUCGCAGACAAAAGCCUUGAUGACCCCGAUUCCUCAAGGAUGGGCUGACAUCAACUCCUAG